AUGGUCGUUUCACUAGCCGUUGCCGCUGCUCUGCUGCUCCUGGCAGACUCACUCUGUCUCGGGCAGAGCCGGGACGUGAUCCUAGAGCCGGUGAAGCGCUCGGGGGCCGAGGCAGCGCUGGUGCUGAUCCAGGACUUCCAGAUCCUGCCUGAGCAAUAUCUCCCACUGGCCAAGGCCGUGCAGAACGCCUCCAACCUCACCCUCUGGGUCGGCAUACCCGAGUUCUUCGUCAGCGAUCCCGCGCCCUCCGAUAUCGAAGAGGGGGUCGAGAGAAUCAUCGCCUCGCUGCGCGACGCUGGCAUGGAGGGCGAUAACGUCGCCUUUGCAGGUCAUUCCCUGGGAGGAGCUAGUCUCCAGCGCUAUCUGGUGGGCCACUCGAGUCGGGGGUUUGCACAGGUUCUGCUUGGGAGCUUUCUCCAGAGAAAGUAUCGCUCGAUCCCCUACCCCAUCCCAACCCUGACUGUAGGUGGGGAGCUUGACGGAGUGUGUCGUGUGUCCCGCAUCAUGGAAUCCUACUACCACAGUAUCAUUCACACUCCAAACCACACAGUGGGAAUCAGAGACUUCCCUGUGGUUGUUGUGGAAGGAAUGUCCAACAUGCAGUUUGCAUCGGGUGCCAUUCCACAGCUAACCAAAGACCUGGAUCUCCGGCCAGAAAUAUCCUAUGAUGAAGCUCAUCGGAAAGUUGGUGCUCUGGUAUCAGCUUUCUUAGACUUACACGCGGGAGACUCGCACACUCUGGGAUUUCUCAGUAAAGCUGUGAUGAGAAGCGGUCAGUUUCUGAAACCUCUUUUGACUGCGUUUGAGCUAGAGGGCUAUCACAAUUUCAAGCCUCCCUGCAACGAUAAACCGCCUAACGGCUCCUGCACCGUUGGCUCUAGCUGGUCUGAGCAAGGUGUUGUAGCUAUGGGAGACCUAAAGGAGGUUAUUAUCAACGACAGUGACAGUUUCCAUCCUUCGUUAGAGUUUUACCCUCACGACUACCUACCUCACCUCAACAAUAGCUGUUCCACUCCAUCAUCUUGUACGCUUGAGGUUUUCUCUGUCACAGAAAACGUCUACGAGGAGCUGGAUAAUGUCAUUGACAGUGGGUUUGUCCCUAUAUCAGCCUAUGAAAUGAGGGUCAAGAUGGUGUCUAGACAGGUCAUGAUGGAAGCUGCUGGCUACAGGGACGUUGAUUUUAACACAAGUGAUGGUUACUCAGUGUGCAAGCUCAUCAACCAAGCUUUUUACAACUGGGCUAUUGGAAAUGCUUCUAAUCGCACUCUGCAGAGGUAUACAAAGUAUGGUGUGCCUUAUGUGAUGGGUAACGAUGAGGGCCCCUACAAUAUCUUCCCCGAAUGGGUUUACAAUCCACUGCAGUACAAACACACCAAAACUGCAGGAGAAGAUGUGAUAAUUGUUCAGUCACCAACUCUAAGGACACCAAAAGAUUACUUUCUGAAAAUUUCUGCUGGAUUUCAUUUCUGCAAGGUUUUGUCACCAGCUAGAGUUAUGGAGUGGAUGUAUGUAGAUAGCUUGCGUGAGAAUUAUGGUAUGAAGAAUGUUUUGUAA